AUGAAUUUCUCGAUACCAAAGCCUCACAUCAGCCCUUUAUCUCCCAACCUGAACUUCACCCCAGAGCAGAUCCAUCAGCUUCACCAGCAAAUUCAAGCAUUCAAGACCCUAAACAACAGCCAAACCUUAUCCUCUAGCCAAAUCACGCACAUAAAAAGACUCAGCUCAGAAGAGUGAGAAAAAUUCAAUUUUGCCCACUCAAGGCUGCUGACUCAAUCCAAAGCUCGCCAGGUCCAAGAAACCUAUGACACAUCCAACCGCCAAGUUCCAGGUAAAAUUGAGCCUAAAACAGUUUCGUUUUACUACGAACUUCGCCUAAAAGAGCUUGAUCGUCUUUUACUGGGAGAGAUGGAUCCUGAAAUUCGAGAUGAGAUCAUGAAAGAAAAAUACAUGAUCAAGCUGAGGGACCUUCAGAACAAGCUCAGGAAAAAAGUCCUUGAAGAGUGGCACAUGAGAGGGGAAACCCAAAAAGAUCAGAGCCACAAAGCAUUGGAGCUAAGUCUUCUAGAUAGAGAUUUCUAUAUGAGAGUUGGGCAGAGACCAGAUAUCCGAGCUAAACAAGAAGCAAAAAUCAUCAGCAGAUAUGAGCAAUCUAUGAGAAAUGGCCUUGAGCAUAAGAAAAAAACCCGCGAAAGAGAGUUUUUGUGUGAGCUUAUGAAUCAUCAUCGCGAGUUUUUUGAGUUCCAUAAAAAGAAACACUCUAUUUAUAGGAAAAAUAUUUAUGGAAGCAAAAGCCAGUUAGAUUUAGCUGACAGAAAAGAAAUGGCUGAGCAAGAAAAAGCAGACAGGGAAAGGCUUAGGAUUUUGAGAGAAAAUGAUAUGUCCACUUAUAUUGAUAUGCUUGCGACUGCUAAGAAUGAAAGACUGCUGAAGAUUCUUGAACAGACUGACGGGUUCUUGAGGAAAUUAGGCGCAAAAGUGCUAGUACAAAAAGGAGAGACAAAAGAAGAUGAUUUGAUCCCUGAAGAACAGCAAACUGAAAGCAUCACAGAUAAACUUAAAAAGUCGUCCAGCAUGUAUUAUGAAAUCACACACACGAUUAAUGAAGAAAUCAAAGAGCAGCCUAAAGGAAUUGAAGGGGGCCAGCUGAAGUCUUAUCAGCUUAUAGGCUUACAAUGGCUGAUAUCACUUUAUAACAAUAAGCUCCAUGGAAUUUUGGCAGAUGAAAUGGGGCUGGGGAAAACUAUACAAACAAUUUCGCUUUUCCAAUAUUUGAUUGAUAGUAAAAACAACCAUGGGCCAUUCUUAGUCGUGACACCUUUGUCGACUGUCUCAAACUGGGUUUUAGAGUUCAAAAGAUGGACGCCAAAAAUCAAAGUCGUGAUAUACAAAGGCCCUCCUGCUCAUAGAAAACAAAUCAUUAAUACUGCAUUAACUUCACGCAAGUUCAACGUCUUGUUAACUACAUAUGAGUAUAUAAUUAAAGACAAGCAGCAGCUCAGCAAAGUCCACUGGUCUUAUAUUGUGGUCGAUGAAGGCCACAGAAUGAAAAACGCCAAAUCAAAAUUUGCACAGAUUUUAGGACUCCAGUACCAGUCUGACCAUAGACUCUUACUGACUGGGACGCCUCUUCAAAACAACUUAGCUGAGCUGUGGGCAUUGCUUAACUUUUUGCUUCCCAGCAUUUUUAAUUCAUUGGACGAUUUUGAAAAAUUCUUUAACCAGCCUUUUUCGAAAAUUCCUGGAGAAAAGAGUCUUGAGCUGAAUGAAGAAGAAAGCUUGCUGGUCAUUAACCGUCUCCACCAAGUCCUCAGACCCUUUUUGCUGAGAAGAGUCAAAAAAGAAGUCGAAGCUGAGCUGCCAGAUAAAGUUGAAUUCGUGCUCAAAGUAGAGCUCAGUUCCUGGCAGAAAAGGCUUUACAAAGAUAUUCAGGACAAAGAGUUCAUCAGCAGAGAAAGCAGCUCAUGGAAAUGCAAAACUCUUAACAACUCUGAGAAAUAAAAUGGCGUCGAUGACGGAAAUAGGUCUCCGAGGGAAAAUUCCUAUGGAACAGAUCCAUUUUGAUGAAGCUAAAAGUUGAAGUAAGCCUUCAGAUUUGGGAGAUUGCCGAAGAGGGAAAUGCUUUGUUUAUCCCAAGGGUUUUCCUGUCCCUACUAGACAGGCUAGACAGGUUUUGCCUCUUACAUAGUCUUUGUCUAUCCGAACUAUAGGGGCACCCUACAGAGGUGACUCUAACAUAGAGAGCCUUAGUCUAGGUAAGUCUCGGCGAAAAUUCAAGAGGUGGAAAUUUUGGUAGGCUUUACACAAUUUGCACUCUGGCCUAUAAGCACCUAGCGUAGGCCACUGGAAUCAAGGAAGUCCAUCUAGUGGGCUCCCACUUAUGAGAGUAUAAAUCUUAAUCUUAAUAACUCUGUGAUGCAGCUUAGAAAAGUCUGCAACCAUCCUUACUUGUUUUUGAACCCUGAUCAGAUAAAUGUCAUAGAUGAUGAAAUUUGGCGAUGCUCACUCCCCCUCUCCUUGAGCGAACCAAGCCAUUGAAAAAAUCAAUAUUUUUUGGGUAAAAAUCCACCCUCAGUGAGCGAACAAAUAUAUUUUUUAUGAAAAAAUUUUUGAUAUUUAAGUAAUAAUUAGUAUAAUGAAAUCUCUAGCUAAUUCUGUUUAAUUAUGAACAAAUUGCAUUUUAAAACAUCAAUUUUCCAAUUAAAUAUUUGUUUUCUAAUUUUUGAGAUAGAGAUUUCGAAAAAAAAUUAUAAAAUUUAUAUAAAUUUAAAAAAAAAAAUUAAACCUCUGUGAGUGAACAAAAUUAUUUUUUUCACUCAAGAAGAGUGGGGAGUCAGGUAAAUUUGAACUUCUAGACAGAAUGCUGCCGAAAUUCAUAGCAUGUGGACACAAAAUUCUGAUUUUCACACAAAUGACUCAAUUAAUGGAUAUCAUGGCUCUUUAUUUUGACUACAGAGGAUUUCGAUAUCUCCGCUUAGAUGGGUCUACCAAAGUAGAAGACCGUGACGCACGAAUGUCGCUUUUUAACGCUCCCAAUUCCGAAUACCGCAUUUUCUUGCUGUCAACCAGAGCUGGCGGUUUAGGUUUAAAUUUGCAGACAGCUGACACAGUAAUUAUAUAUGACUCUGACUGGAAUCCAAUGAUGGAUUUACAAGCUCAAGACCGAGCUCACAGAAUUGGCCAAAAACAAGUGGUGAGGGUCUAUAGACUAGUCACAAACACAAAAAUCGAAGAAACUAUCCUUACCAAGGCAGCUUAUAAAAAAGACGUCGAUGCCAAAGUUAUCCAAGCUGGGCUUUUUAACACCAAAGCAACUGAUAAAGAAAGAAACGAAAGACUAAGAAAUUUAUUAAGAAGCGAAGAAAGCGACGAUAGCAACGACGAAGACGAAUUCCUCGAUGACGCCACUUUAAAUAAAAAUAUUUCAAGAAAUGAAGACGAGUUGAAUAUAUUCGAACAGAUGGACUAUGAAAGACGGCAAAAAGAGCCUUAUAAAGUCAGACUUAUACAAGAUGAAAAACUCCCUGAGUGGCUAUAAUAUUUUUCCCUAUAUGGCCCGAUAAGGGAAGUGGGUUCUCCGUGGAAUCCACCUGUUGGUCAAACCAACUCAGUGCGUUGGUUUGACCAAUUCACUGGUUGGUUCAACCAGCAGAGGGAUUCCACGGAGAACCCACGGCCCUUAUCCGGCCAUAUAGAGAAAAAUCCUAUAACUAUUCAGGAAACUUAUAGAAAAGACAUUUUUGAGUAUGGUAGAGGAAUGAGGCAGAGGAAAAAUAUUGUAUAUACUGACUUCGGAGAUUACGAUAUACCAAGAGAAGGCAGAAAAAGAAAUGGCUCACCGCUGGAAGACACAGGAAGCAAAAGGUCGAAGUAUUCGGAGUCUGAAGAAGGAUCUGAAGUAGGGUCAGAGGUUUCUGAAGGAGCAAGCUCAGGGAUGAAAAUUACAAUAUCCAAUGGAAAAUUAAUGAACGAGACUGAAUCGGACCUGAGUGGCAUUGAAGAAGGACUGAUAGAAGAAGAUGAAAUAUAUGAACCAAUGGAUAAUGAUAGCAAUAUGGACACUGAUACGAAUCAAGCAAUGGCUUAA